AUGGCCCCUGCCAGCCGGGCCGUUGUUGUGGUAGCGCUCUCGCUGCUGUACCUGUGUGGAGAAACCCUCUCCUCCGAGCAUUUCUCCACUCUCACUUUGUUCAACAACGAGCUCCACAAGCAGGGAUGCAGCUCGCUGUCCGAGUGGGAAGAGUACGCGGCGGACUGCGAGUCCUCAAUAUUACAGUUGGAAGACCCAGAGUGCGAGGAAGGAAGCAACCCGCCCUGCGAGUCCGUCUUCUCACUGAACGCAGAGAAGAUCCUGAAUCAGGCCAAGCUGUUUAUAGAACAGAAGAAAAUCCCCUUCCCUGUAGACAACCACAACACGAACGAAGAACUUGCUAUAGGCUACGUUCUGAUCAGCAACGGCCUUUAUGACGAAGCCAUCAAACACUUCUCGCGCUUAUUACAGGGUGACCCGGAGCUGGUCAGUGCGAUCUAUGGCCGAGGGAUAGCUUACGGGAAGAAGAGCCUACAGGACAUCAAGAAUGCCGACUUGGCGUUGUACGAGCUCAACCGAGUCAUCACUCUUGAGCCCAACUGGCCUGAGGUCUACGAACAGAGAGCGGAGAUCCUGUCUCCUCUGGGUCGUAUCAGUGAGGCUCUGGCUGAUCUGACCAAAGCCAUCCAGCUGCAGCCCUCGGCCCGUCUCUACAGACACAGAGGAACGCUGCUCUUCAUCUCAGAGGACUACGUGGCGGCGAUGGAAGACUUCCAGCAGUCUUUAGAGCUGAAGAAGAAUCAGCCCAUCGCCAUGCUGUACAAAGGCCUCACCUUCUUCCACAGAGGGAUGCUCAAGGAAGCCAUCGAGACGUUCAAAGAGGCGCUGAAGCUGAAGUCUGACUUCAUCGACGCCUACAAGAGCCUGGGACAGGCCUACAGAGAGCUGGGUGACUUUGAGUCAGCCAUGGAAAGCUUCCAGAAAGCCCUCAUGUUGAACCAGAACCACAUCCAGUCCCUCCAGCUCCGAGGCAUGAUGCUGUACCACCACGGCUCUCUGCAGGAGGCCAUAGGCAACUUCAAGAGGUGUCUUCAGCUGGAGCCUUACAACGAGGUGUGUCAGUACAUGAAGGGGCUCAGCCACGUGGCGAUGGGGCAGUUCUACGAGGGCAUCAAAGCUCAGACUAAAGUCAUGCUGAACGACCCUCUGCUGGGACAGAAGGCCAGCUCCGAAUACCUCAAAGUGAAAUACCUCAGAGAGUACUCUCGGUACCUGCACUCCCACCUCGACAUCCCAGUCGCAGAGUACAACGUGGACCAGGACUUACCCGGAAACUUUAAGAAUCACUGGGCCAAGAAUCUGCCGUUCCUGAUCGAAGAUUACGAAGAGCAACCCGGCCUGCAGCCACAUAUCAAGGACGUGCUGCCACAGAACUUCGACAGCUACAGCGGUGAAGUCCAGAAGCUGAUCUGCACAGCCGACCACCUGGGGGCGCUCAUGCAGUACGACACCCCCGGUUUCUUACCGAACAGGAGAAUACACAGAGCUAUGGGCUUAGCGACGCUGGAGGUGAUGCAGGCGAUGCAUCGGACGUGGAGCAACUCCAAAGUGCGAGUCAACGGCAAGACCAGGCAGAUGCAGUGGAGAGACAUGUUCGACAUAGCUGUCAAAUGGAGGAGGAUCGCGGAUCCAGACCAGCCGGUUCUGUGGUUAGACCAGAUGCCCGCCAGGAGUCUCAGUCGAGGCUUCAACAAUCACAUCAAUCUCAUCAGGGGGCAGAUUAUCAACAUCAGAUACCUGGCCUACUUCGACAACAUCCUCGACUUCAUCAAAGACAGAAUACUGGUGUACCACAGCGCGUACAACCCCAGAGGACUCCUGGAGGUCCGUCAGGCUCUGGAAAAUGUGAAUAAAGUUGAAGAUCUGCUUCCUAUAAUGAAGCAGUUCAACAGUAAAACCAGAGAUGGCUUCACGGUCAACUCCAAGGUGCCGAGCAUGAAGGAUCCUGGGAAAGAGUACGACGGUUUCACCAUCACCAUCACUGGAGACAGGGUGGGCAACAUGUUAUUCUCCGUGGAGACUCAGACGACAGAGGAGAGGACGCAGCAGUACCAGCUGGAGGUCGAGUCCCUCUACAAAGACCUCACCGCCAAAGGAAAGGCCUUGAUGCUGUCUACUGAGCUCGGGGACGCAGACGCUGUGUGUAACCUGAUCCUCUCCUUGGUUUAUUACUUCUGCAACCUCAUGCCCCUCUCCAGAGGGUCCAGUGUGGUGGCUUACUCCGUGGUGAUGGGAGCGCUGAUGGCCAGCGGGAAAGAGGUCAUCGGUCGCAUCCCGAAAGGAAAGCUGGUGGAUUUUGAAGCCAUGACCACGCCCAGUCCAGACAGCUUCAGUAAAACAGCGAAGACGUGGAUGAACCUGAAGAGUUUGCCAGGCUGGUACCAGAGUCUUCCAUCUGUCGCGGAGACGUUCCCGUCCAGCAGGACGAUGAUCGAGGUCCUCAACACAGACGCGUCUUCUCACUGUCCGAAGAAGUCUUAACACGACCUCGACUCAGGACAGAACCGGUUUGAUAAAGUCUUAAUCGGAGCUUCUGCACUGAGCAGAACGAAGGGACUGUUUGCUUCUGCAUCCCAAACAGACUGCAGCCAGCUGUCCUGAAGCAUCCGAGCUUCAGAGCUCAUUAUCAACAUUUAAGAGGGAACAUCAUGAAGUGUCUCCUCCUCCUGGUCCUGGACACAUCAAAACAUACUUACUGCUUCAGGAAGCGGGGACGUUAUUUGGUUUGUGGAAAACUACAAUUAAUCUUAUUUCAGUAUCAGAUCGCCCUUCAAAUCCACCUCAGUUCUCUGCCGUCCUCCCUUAAAGAGUAACUCUGGUCCUGUUAAACCUGGAUCGUGGUUUCACACAUGUUGAGGUCUGAAUGACGAACAGGUUCUGAAGGUUUGGAACUGGUCCAGCAGCUGCAGUGUGACCUGUAAAACCAAGUCCACUAAAACAAACCUGCUCUGCUUGACCAGCUCCAAAACUUUCUGUCCAUUUCAGUCAUUUGGAUCUUUGUAAAAGCAGGUCCAGGUUUCAGAAUACCAGAAUUAGCCUUUAAAUUUCCUCUGAAGAGCGGCAAUCACUGAGACAUUGUGUCAACAUCAGUUUUAACAGACUUUGUGAAGGACUGAUGGAUGUUCAACAACCGUUUAUAUGAGCUGUGAUCCGGUUCAGAAUGUGCUGGUUUACAUCCAGACUGCUUUUAUUUUCCAGCUCUUAAUCGUUUUAAAAUAGAGUUUCGGCUCUCAGGACACGUUUGGUCAAAGGAUGAAACGUUUUUAAAGUUCAGUGUUGAAUCAGUCUUUUGUUCAGGCAGAAAAACUGCUGACGUCACCUCGAAUUGGUCCCAAAGUUUCCACCCAGCAGCUCGGAGGACAUCGGUGUCGCGGUUUGGGAUGCAGAAGUGGUUCAGUCCUCCGUCUCUGUUCUCUGCUUCACAGGCUGAAACUCCCAAAGCACAAAGUCCAGCCGGUGGGGAGUCUUAAAAUCCUCCUUUUAAACGACCUUCAGCUUUAAACUGAGCUUUAAAUUAGUUUUGGAUUAAUUUUCUGACACUCUGGGAUCUAAAAAAUAUCCAGCCUAUCAGCAGAGAAGGAGCUGGGGGGGUUCGAAACAGAAACAGAAACCUUCAGGGCUUUUGAAUUCCACUCGGGACACUUGAAGCAGCCUCUUUUAUUUGGUUUUGUCUUUCUUAUCGGGUAUUGAUCCCUCUGUCUUUCGAUGUGACCAAUAAAGGAUGUGAAGAUGGUCGGCUGCUGAACUGAUGCGAGGCCGCGGUCAGAGAGUUCAGAGGCUUUCAGCUCGUCUGUAGGUUUGUCAGUGAAUCGAUCAUUAAAGAGCGUCAUGAUUUCUGCGAUUUAUCAAGCAAAAAUACCACUUUUCAAAUAUCAGUUCAUCAAAUGUGAAGAUUUUUUGUGGUUAGAAAUCAAAUCUUGAUCUUCAGAGGACAAAAGACGCCUGAGGACGUCAUCUGGGACUGCGUGAAAUGUCUCUUUGUGACGUCUCUGACUGCUCGGUCUCCCCCAGGGUUAAUGAGAAUGAGAGGAAAGCACAAGCACCCGGUUAUUUUCUUUACUUCCAUUCCUUUGGCCUGGAUUGGACGUUUGGGAGAAAAGAGCUCACGUUCAUCCAAAUGUCUUAACCCUCAAACACUGUCCGUAUGUGACGGUUCCUGGUCCAGGAAGGGACUUUGUGCAGUCAGAGUUGGGUCUUGUCGAGCUCACAGGUGUCUGCAGAAAUCUGCUUUCCUCUGGAGUGAAUGUCAUUAGUUUAAAAAGUGGUCGGACUUGUCGACUGGAUGAAUUCUGGCUGCACAAAGUUAACGAUGCUUUCUCAUGCUGAGUUUCAUACCGAGGUGAUGCUGAGUCACACCGAGGUGAUGCUGAGUCACACCGAGGUGAUGCUGAGUCAUACUGUGUUUUUAAUGAUCGUCAGUGUUGGUUUAAGCACAAGCAGGAAGCGCGCGUGCACUGCAGGUGACUCACCUGGACUCAUCCCGACGUUUUCUCUUUAACUUUAAUGAAUUUGAGGCCUUUGAUGCUGAAGUAUCGUCACCGAAGGUCGUGUUAAUGCUGCAGUCGUUCUUCAUUGAAUGUCCACUUUCCUCGUUCGGUCGUUGAAUUAAUUGAUUUGAGCAGAUCGAUCUGAUCGGUGACGUGUCUGCCUGACUUCCUGCUGCACUGACAGUCACAGUCCUGCACUUGUUUUGCUUUGUGUCAUUUCUCCCCUCACGUCAAUGAUUGUGCCGCCAUGCUCUUCGCGGCUCUGCGACCCGGCCAUUAAGUGCUCUGACGGGCAUCGGAGCUUUAAACUUGAAGGAGGGAAUGUUUUAUUGAAUGAGUGAAUGAAUGUUCAGCAGUCAAUAAAACUGGUUGACAGUUUUAACAGCCUCUGUUGUUCUUUUCUUUUCGGGGAAAUUCGAUGAAAGCUCAAUAAAAAUACUCACAUUGCUGAGCUACGUCGUCAAAACACAGAGAUCCAAGAUAAUGAGAUAUCAUAAAAUGAAAUGAUGGUCCUGAGUGAACAUUUUGACAGGAGCAGGUAUUAAAGUAAAAUCUUUAACUUGGCAAAGUGAAAUUUUACUUCCUACAUUUAAAUAACGAAGUUAAAACAUUUUGACUCACUGAAGUUUGAGAUACCAGAUCAUUUCGUUUAUUAAGUUAAAGUUUUAAGAUAAUAUGUUUAACUUUUGAGAUACUACAUCAACAUU